AUGCAGCGCAUGAAUGGCCUGCUGCACACCACAUCACUCCAGCUCGUCCAGAACAACCAUGCACACGCACCGGCACCCGUCGACCCCGUCGCCGGCCAGAAGCGCUCCUGGUCCGCCGCCGACCCCAACCCCGAUCCGGCCGCCAGGCCGCCGCCGCCACCGAUUCUCUUCAAGCGGUCCAUCGCGCUGCCGCAGGCCCCGUCCAAGCUGAUCCCGAGCGCAAUCACCACGCCGGGGCCGCCCUCGUCCACCAGCGAGGAGGGCGAGUACACGCAGCGCCACAAGCUCGCCGCCACGCCGUCGUCGUCGCUCGACCCGGAGCUGCACCUGUCGCAUGCCGUUUACGGCCUGCCCGCGCCGCUCGUCGCCAACUUUGCGACGCUCGGAAUCAACCACAUCUACCCGUGGCAGCGCAACUGUCUCAAGGGCCCCGGUCUGCUCACCGGCGAGCGCAACCUGGUCUACUGCGCGCCGACUGGCGGUGGCAAAUCUCUCGUCGCCGACUCGGCGGUGCCAGUGCUCAUGUUGAAGCGUAUUCUACACUCGCGCGAAUCCAAAGCCUUGCUUGUGCUCCCCUACGUAGCUCUCGUGCAGGAAAAGGUGCGGUGGCUGCGCCAGCUCGUCGAGGGCCUCAAACUCCCGUCCCCCGUUGAAAAGGAUCCGCAUGCGCCGUUCAAUGCCAGGCCGACGCCGGAUGGCUUGCGAGUCGUCGGCUUCUUUGGUGGCGGCAAAGUCCGGGCCACCUGGGACGACUUUGACAUUGGUGUCUGUACACUGGAAAAGGCCAACAUGCUUGUCAAUGCAGCCAUCGAAAACUGCUCAAUAGCCAAGCUUCAGGCCGUGGUGCUAGACGAAUUGCACAUGAUUGAUGACGAGCAUCGAGGCUACACCUUGGAGCUUAUUGGUACAAAAUUGCUUAGCUUGGAGCACACCGUGCAAAUUGUUGGCAUGAGUGCUACCAUUCCUAAUAUGGAUCUCAUGGCCAAAUGGCUCAACGCGCAUUCAUUCGAGACCCGAUAUCGACCUGUUCCCAUUGAAGAACACCUCGUCUGCAACGGCGCCAUCUUUGCCGCCGAUAAUCCUCGCUGCCUCCCAGACAACGCCGACCAGCUCAAGAACAGCCUUGUCGACGCUGUUCGAACGAUCGGCCCCUCUCUCCACAAAGAGCUGUCAGACCCUGUACUGAAUGCCGUCGUCGCACUCGCCCAUGAAACCGCGUCGGCGGGCUACGGCGUCCUGAUCUUUGCCGGCAGUCGCAGCAUGACCGAAUCGCUGGCACGGUGCAUCAGCCGUGCUGGUAUAACCGCCGAGGAAAGAGAACUGAUAGCAGCCGCCUACGACUCCGGAACCCUCCUAGUCUGCGUUGCCACCUGUAGCCUCGCUGCGGGCAUCAACCUCCCAGCUCGCCGCGUCAUCCUGCACAACGCCAGGAUGGGUCGCGAUUUUAUAGGCCCAGCCAUGCUGCGACAGAUGCGCGGGCGCGCCGGCCGUCAAGGCAAGUCACCUGUGGGUGAGACUUACCUGUGCUGCCGUGAGGCCGACCUGGAGACUGUGGUACAGCUGAUCAAGGCGGAGCUGCCCAAGGUAACUAGCUGUCUGACAUCGGAAAAUCGGCGCGUUCAACGCGCUGUUCUGGAAGUAAUUGCUAUCCAUCUUGCUACUAGCUACGACUCUAUUCGCUUCUACUUUGGCAAAUCUCUCCUGGCACUCACUCAAGACGAAGCCCGGGUCGAUGAAGAUCUCAAGGCUAGCCUAAAGGACCUCGAGGGCCUCGAGCUCAUCGAGUCAGACGCCUUUGGCAACUAUGCGCCGACGCAGCUCGGCCGUGCCAUUGUGGCGUCGGCCAUUGAUCCAGAUGACGGCAUCUUUGUGCACCGCGAGCUCGUCAAGGCACUGCGGGCCUUUGUCAUGGACGGCGAGCUGCACAUCCUCUACAUCUUCACGCCGGUGCAGGACCUCGGUGUCACGAUCAACUGGCAGGUGUUUCGCAAUGAGCUGCAGCUUCUCGAUGAAAGCGGGUUGCGCGUGUUGCGAUUCCUAGGCAUCAAGCCGACUGCUAUUCUUAAAUUUGCGCAAGGAGUCCCGGUGCCUGAAAACACACCGGAGCAAAAGGAAAUGUCUCGCGUGUAUAGAAGAUUCUACCUAGCACUUCAGCUUCGUGAUUUAUGCAAUGAAAUGCCGAUUCACGUGGUUGCACGAAAGUACGACGCACCGCGAGGCUCCGUGCAGACGCUCUCACAAACCUGUCAUGGUUUCGGCGCCGGCGUCAUCAAAUUUUGCCAGCACAUGGACUGGGGCCUCAUGGCAGCGGCCCUCGAUCACUUUUCCGAUCGCCUCCUCGCAGGCGCUCGUACUGAGCUACUAUGCCUCGCCAAGAUACCAUUCAUAAAAAGCCGCACGGCGCGUGUAUUCUGGGAAAAUGGAUACCGCACCGUGGGCACCAUAGCCAAUGCCGAUCCCAAAGAGCUUGUGCCUGCAAACCCUAGCAAGAUUCGAGUCAAGGGACUAGAUAUUGCCAAAUACGAAGAGAAGCUUCUGUCUAAAGCCAACAUUAUUUCGGCUCAUGCCAACAGAUUAUGGAGUAUCCAAAUGCAGGUAGAGAUGGAACUGGAAUAA